CCUGUCCUUUUCUCCAUAGGUGCCCAGUCACGCACCACCCACCACCCACCACCACCAGCAGAUCUUGAAACUCCAUCACAUUUUCUCCAAAAUUAAUAUAAAUUAAUUAUUUAAUAUUCAAAUAUUUAUAUAUAGACAAAAGCCGCCACUGAUUUCACUUAUCAAAAACAAACCCACAACCACCAACUUGUUUUCUCACUCCCUCCAAUAUAAUAACAGAGAAAGAGAAAAAGCAACAAACUUUGGAGGAAAAAUUCAUAUUUUUACAAGUUAUCUCACCAACCCAGUCUGCAUUUCGAGUUUCUGCCCUCUGGGUUUUUCCAAACGCAGUCGUUUUCAGCUUCCAUGGAGCGCGCGAGGCGACUGGCGAACCGGGCUUUCGUGAAGCGCUUGGUCUCGGAGGCGAAGCAGUUCCGCCAGAACGAGAGCUCUGUUCUGGGCUCCUCCACCUCCCCUGUUCUCUACGCGCCGUCGAGGUACGUCUCCUCACUCUCCCCAUGCUCCUUGACGCGCUCCAGUCCCAGAUCAGACUCGCUUCUCUCGAGAAACGCGUCCCACAAUGCCGGGUUCCAAACACGGUCGAUUUCCGUGGACGCAUUGAAAAACAGCGACACUUUUCCCCGCCGCCAUAACUCCGCCACGCCGGAGGAGCAGACCAAAAUGGCGGAGUUAUGCGGGUUCGAUGGCCUUGAUUCGCUGAUCGACGCCACCGUGCCCAAAUCAAUUCGACUCGAAUCGAUGAAGUUUCCGAAAUUCGAUGAGGGGUUGACAGAGAGCCAGAUGAUUGAACACAUGAAGAAUUUGGCCUCCAAAAACAAGAUUUUCAAGAGUUUUAUCGGGAUGGGAUAUUACAACACUUAUGUCCCACCUGUAAUUUUGAGGAAUAUUAUGGAAAAUCCAGCUUGGUACACUCAGUACACUCCUUAUCAGGCUGAGAUUUCCCAGGGGAGGUUGGAAUCUCUGCUCAAUUUCCAAACUUUGAUCACUGACCUCACCGGCCUUCCCAUGUCGAAUGCAUCACUGCUGGACGAGGGGACCGCGGCUGCCGAGGCAAUGGCGAUGUGUAACAACAUCCAAAAGGGAAAGAAGAAAACUUUUGUCAUUGCCAACAACUGUCACCCCCAGACCAUUGAUAUUUGCAAGACUAGAGCUGAUGGUUUCGAUCUUAAGGUUGUUACCGCGGAUCUUAAGGAUGUUGAUUACAGUUCGGGUGAUGUCUGUGGUGUGCUUGUUCAGUAUCCGGGGACUGAGGGCGAGGUUUUGGACUAUGGGGAGUUUAUUAAGAAUGCUCAUGCCAAUGGGGUUAAGGUUGUGAUGGCAUCUGAUCUGUUGGCGUUGACAGUGUUAAAGCCGCCUGGUGAGUUUGGGGCGGAUAUUGUUGUUGGUUCUGCGCAGAGGUUUGGUGUUCCAAUGGGGUAUGGAGGUCCUCAUGCGGCUUUCCUCGCCACCUCACAAGAGUACAAGAGGAUGAUGCCAGGGAGAAUUAUCGGUGUUAGUGUUGACUCCUCAGGGAAGCCUGCGUUGCGUAUGGCGAUGCAGACAAGGGAGCAGCAUAUCCGGAGGGACAAGGCUACCAGCAACAUUUGCACUGCUCAGGCAUUACUUGCAAACAUGGCUGCUAUGUAUGCUGUAUAUCAUGGACCCGAAGGCCUUAAAACCAUUUCCCAAAGGGUUCAUGGUCUUGCUGGGGCAUUUGCAGUUGGAUUGAAGAAACUUGGAACAGUGGAAGUUCAGAGCCUUCCCUUCUUCGACACUGUGAAGGUUAAGGUUGCUGACGCACAUGCAAUUUCUGAUACUGCUAACAAGCUUGGAUUAAAUUUGAGAGUAGUAGACUCGAGCACUAUCACUGUUUCGUUUGACGAAACAACUACCUUGGAGGAUGUUGACAAGCUUUUCAAAGCUUUUGCUUUGGGCAAGCCUGUGCCUUUCACUGCUGCAUCUCUUGCACCAGAAGUUCAGCCUGCAAUUCCUUCUGGGUUAACAAGGGAGAGCACGUUUCUAACCCAUCCGAUCUUCAACUCGUAUCAUACCGAGCAUGAGUUGCUACGAUACAUUCAUAAGUUGCAAUCGAAAGAUCUGUCUCUAUGCCACAGUAUGAUUCCCUUGGGAUCCUGUACCAUGAAAUUGAAUGCAACAACUGAAAUGAUGCCAGUGACAUGGCCUAGUUUCACCGAUAUUCACCCUUUUGCUCCUACAGAACAGGCGGAGGGUUAUCAGGAAAUGUUCGGAGAUUUGGGUGACCUAUUAUGCACCAUCACUGGGUUUGACUCUUUCUCUUUGCAACCCAAUGCCGGAGCUGCUGGAGAGUAUGCUGGGCUGAUGGUUAUUCGGGCAUAUCAUUUAGCAAGAGGCGAUCACCACCGCAAUGUGUGUAUUAUUCCUGUUUCGGCACAUGGUACCAAUCCUGCUAGUGCUGCAAUGUGUGGAAUGAAGAUUGUAACUAUUGGAACUGAUGCCAAGGGAAACAUCAAUAUUAAAGAGCUGAAGGAGGCUGCUGAAGCAAACAAGGAUAACCUAUCAGCUCUUAUGGUGACAUAUCCUUCAACUCACGGAGUGUAUGAAGAAGGUAUUGACGAGAUAUGCAAGAUAAUUCAUGACAACGGAGGUCAAGUAUACAUGGACGGGGCUAACAUGAAUGCGCAGGUUGGUCUGACAAGCCCAGGUUGGAUUGGAGCUGACGUUUGCCAUCUCAAUCUUCACAAAACAUUUUGCAUUCCACACGGAGGUGGUGGCCCUGGCAUGGGUCCUAUUGGUGUGAAGAAGCACUUGGCACCCUUCCUACCAUCCCAUCCUGUGGUAUCUACCGGAGGCCUUCCUGCCCCCGACAAGUCUCAGCCACUUGGAACCAUCUCUGCUGCACCUUGGGGCUCUGCACUCAUUUUGCCAAUCUCUUAUACUUACAUAGCCAUGAUGGGGUCCAAGGGACUCACCGAUGCAUCAAAGAUAGCAAUUCUGAAUGCAAACUACAUGGCCAAACGCUUGGAGAAUUACUACCCCAUUCUUUUCCGUGGUGUCAAUGGAACUGUUGCUCAUGAAUUCAUUGUUGACUUGAGAGGAUUUAAGAAUACUGCUGGGGUAGAGCCUGAGGACGUCGCCAAGCGUCUUAUGGACUACGGAUUCCAUGGACCAACAAUGUCAUGGCCAGUUCCUGGCACUCUCAUGAUCGAACCAACAGAAAGUGAAAGCAAGGCCGAGUUAGACCGGUUUUGUGAUGCUCUAAUUUCCAUCAGAGAAGAGAUUGCUCAGAUUGAGAAAGGAAAAGCAGAUCUUCACAACAAUGUCCUUAAGGGAGCUCCUCACCCGCCAUCACUUCUCAUGGGAGAUGCAUGGACAAAGCCAUAUUCCCGGGAAUAUGCAGCCUUCCCCGCUUCCUGGCUCCGUUCUGCCAAGUUCUGGCCUACCACAGGACGUGUUGACAAUGUGUAUGGUGACCGUAACCUCGUCUGCACCCUUCAACCGGAGGCGGUGGAGGAACAAGCAGCAGCCACUGCUUAGUCUCAUCGGCUUGGUGAUUUAAGCUCAACACAAAGUCUGGUCCUGGAUGUGUUAUGAAAUCAUCAUCAAUUUCUUCUUCUUACUCCCACAUUGUAUAUAAUUUCUUGAAUACAGCCCCUUAUAUCUGGUGACAUUUUCAUUUCCUAUUCACUAUGAUGACGAUUAUCUUUUCUAAUAACAUGUGUUGCUAAUUGCAACUCAUCAGAUGUUGUAAUUAUCAUUUCCCUUCAUUAGGGAUUUUUUUGCCAGUUGAUCACGGAAGUGCCCGGACCCUCUUGCACUUAAGUUUGAAUCUUUUUCCUAGGCUAGAUUACUUUAGGCAUCCUCAUGUCCAAA